UCUAUCUUAUCCAUUCUCUUUUGCAUUCUUCCUUUUCGUUUUUUUUUUUUUUUUUGUGAUACCCCCCCUUCGCUGUGUUUUUGCCAUCUAUUCUGAAGUACAUCUUUUAAUAUCUUUUCGCUUUUGGUUGCUUCGAGAGAAAUUGCACGCGUCCACUUGAUUCUGGCUAUCCUUUAAAUAAUUUGGAAAGACUUUGGAUUAAAGCAAUAAUUCACAAAGAUGAACGCACCUGACAGAUAUGAGUCCUUCGUCCUUGCCCCUGGUGAGAACAAAGUUGACUUGGAGAUUGACACUCGUAUCCCCUCUUCUGCCAUUUUCACCUUUAACAAGGAAGACCAUACCCUAGGCAACUUGCUCCGCUCUCGUCUCUUGCAGAGCUCCCACGUCCUUUUUGCCGGUUACAAGGUCCCCCACCCUCUACUUCCCAAGUUCGAAUUGCGUGUUCAGACCGACGGUGAGAUUACUCCCAAGGACGCUGUGAUCGCAGCCUGUCACGACUUGGUUAAGGACUUGGGUAUUCUCUCCCGUGAGUUCACCAAGGAAUAUGAGCUGCGCAAAAUGGUUGGAUCUACCCAGCAGCAGCAGAACGGCCUCGACGGACAGUAGAGGAAAUAGUUUGAAAUGGUUCCGUGUCAUGAACUAGUGCGCAUCUGUGCUUUUCGACAUGACGCUACUACUAGUCGGAUCUGCCACGUCCUUGCGUUUCUUAUUGCCACGGCAAAUUAACGAGGUUUACGGUUAAUGUGCGGGUCCCAAGAGGGAAGAAAAAGAGGAAAUGUCAAUUUAAUCAAUUCAAAGAUACUUCCAAGUAUAAUAAUAUACUAUGUACACAGUUGUCGUAAUGGC